AUGGAUAGCACAGAUGACACGACGAGUCUUGUGUCCGUGUCCACAUGUGGUUGUGCAUUUGCUCCAUUCACUGACAGUCCAUUCAUAAACACAUGGUGCAUCAUCGUAGACGAAGAUGGUUCCUCCGACUUCAACCUCCUUCUCGACUUGAAUCAAUCCGUUUCCAUUGAGAUAGAAAUGAUCGGAUCCAUUCUUGAGAGCCAAGUUGUUGGUACUCUUUCUGGCUUCAGAGAUCUUGAUGUUGGUGGCUCCCUCUGGAAGUUUGAUAAUAUCAUGGUAUCCUGGAGAGAGGUUGCGUUCGUCGAAACGUCCUUCAAUGGUUUUGCAGGUGGAGCCAUCUCCAUCACACUUUCCGCACUUCUUUCCAUCACAUCCAACUGGAAGACAUUCUCCAUCAACACAGAUAUCGUUGCUCUUGGAAUCACACUUGGUUCCAUCGACAACCUUAUCAGCCCAUUUGUAGUAAAAGUUUCCGGAUUCUGGUUUGCAAACCAAUUCACACCUGAAGACAUGGAUGCAAUAGAUCUUAUGGAGCAGUCGGACUCACUUGUUCUUUCCCUUGUAUGGACUCCAUUUGUGAUAGUUUCCAUCGAGAGCCUCAUCGUUGAACUUAGAACAUUGCUCGGCGCGGAAGUCAGUUCCGUCCUCACAUGGCUCCAAGUUACACGAGAUGUAACGGACAGAAGCGCCAGUGCAAUCACCGCUGGAAAUGAGAGGAUUUGA